AUGCCUCCAUCCCUUCCUUGCGGUAGCGGUGAUGACAACGGCGCGGUGAUACCAACGGCAGCGGGACUUCCUGUGGAACCGACUUGCCCCGACAAAGAAGUUGAGGCUUCAGCCCCCCGCAAUCCCAUAGCGGAGACCCAUGCAACGGGAGUACCAUCGCACCAAAGUUCCUCGCCUGGGUGGUUGAUUGCGUUCAAGAACGACUACAAUCGCUCAGAUGAUUUUCUUGUCAAUGGAGGAAACACACAUGAUCCAAGAAAAUCGUACCUAGCACGCUUGAGAGAGAGAAUCAAAAAUCUAGACAAUGCUUUCACAAAAAACUCGGCAGAUCGGGCGAAUUGGCUUCCGAGAUUUCCAAAAUUAAGCACCGAGCACAACGGAAAGUUUACCACCAAAUCCAUGGGCAGCCUUCCUUUUGAGCAAGCGCGAGCGCAAACGACUUCGGAAAGAUCUGAACGACGGAUAGAAUCCGGAUCUUCAGCUGCAGACUCGACUCUUCAAACAGGGUCGAUAUUCGACAAAGUCAGCCAGCAGUCCAUCUCAGAUACGACAGCCAGCACGUUCUCUGAAGACCAUACCCUUGGCCAGUUUCAAGAAGGACACCAAAAGCCCUGCAGCAUAGAUGGCGAGCACAGUGAUGACUCCUCCGAAAACAACUUUGGGCAAGACGACCAAUAUUCACUGGAGAUUUCUAUUCGAAGGGUGCUAGCUGCCAGCCCAAAGUAUGCCGACGCCGUAGUCGACGUCCUUCAACGUCGACUUCAAGAUUUCAUACCGCGUAGCCAUGAUUCUUCGGAGGUAUCAACACUGCUUACGGGCAUUCUAUGCACCUUGGGAAACCAUGCGAAAUAUGAAGCGGUCGAUGGAGGGAGUUCCUCAAAAGGAAAGCGUUCGACUGGCAAUAAUGGGGCAGGAACGCAAAGUUCAGCAACAUCUGCUAGUGCUGCCAUUUCGACCCACCUAUCACCGCCUUUGCAACUCAAGAGGGACAAGGAUGAAGAUGAAGAUGAAGAUAAGAAACGAGAGGUGCCGCCGGCCAAAAGGGCUCGGCGCGACGAGCCAGGCAAACACUUGCUUUGUCCCUACUUCAUCGGGUAUCGGAACCUGGUGGGUGGAGCUUGUCGAGCGCCGACCUCGUUCAGGACAUUCAGUGAUCUGAAGAAUCAUUUGCGCUCGAUGCACUUCGGGGGCUCUCGGGACGAACUGCACAUGGACGAGGACGAUUGGAACGCCAUCGAAGAAGUACUUAAGGAAGCCAGCCAAAUGAGGCCCAAGAAAGGCACCGACGCUUCCUAUAAGAAGCAUUUGAGCACUUUUCAGAAAGUCUGGGGCGUUCUGUUUCCGAACCGUGACCCUUGGGCCCAGUCUCCUUUCUGCGAGGACUAUGAGGAUCUCAUUGCAGAAGAAGUAGUCUGCGAGAACCACGAGGACUUCAUUACAGAAAAGAUUGAAUUGCUGUCCCGUUCCAUAUUCGACCCUGAGGCCCAGCAAGCUUUCGAACGCCGCGAAGUCUCCAGCCCGACUGAUUUUCGCGCAUCUCGUGACAUGGUCGGCGAGAUGCUGAAGAGACUCUGGGAAAUCGUCGUAGUCCACAGGCCCAAAGUUGCAGACCAAUUUCACGACAUAUUCAAUUCGACCACUACAGGCAUGAUGGGUGGCCAACGGAUCGGGUCUCAGAACAUAUCUGUCGAUGAGGAUCCCGGCCUCUCAAGAGCCGCCGCAGAUACACAGGAGCCGGGGCCAUCACACCCACCGCAGCCAGACUCAGCAAUCCCCCACUCUAAGGGCGGGAAGAACUUCUGUGACCAGGAACCUCAAGAGACGGACCCGCCGCACAUAGAGCGGGACUCUUCGCAAACCUUUGACAAUUAUCACCUGCAAGAAGACUCUGCGGGGACCCCAUCGUCUCAAAUACCGAAACCUUCGUUGGCUCAGGAGCCUGCGACUUCUUUUCUAGAUGAGAUGAAGGAAAUUCCGAUGCCAUUCGACAGUGGCUUUGACUGGGACAUGUGGCAGCGGGAAGAAUCCGCGAGUACCUUGGUCGAUUGGGACCCAGGCACGACUUUGUGGGGUUCGAUACUUGUGCAACACGAUGUUGUCAAGAAGGUUACUGCUGCUUGGCGCUCGGGGGAUGGCAAAUUAUUCAAGACUGAUUUCAUGCCUGUCAAAGCGGAUGUCAUCAUUCUUCAAGGAUUUCAACUGUGCCCGCAGCCUAACGCACACCUUUUUCAUGACGGCCCAUUAAUCCAAUCUUACUGCUUGCCUGUACUGCCGAAUAAAAUCGAAACAAUGUGUUAUGGUUGCCGCAGACUCGGCUUCGCGAGACCCUCGCCCCCGCCUGACCCAGUGCACGACCGGGAGGACGAGGAGCCGCUGCCGCAGCCAAUAGACUUUGACAGGCCGGCGCCUCGAAAGAAGCUCCAACCGAAGCCCAAGACCAUCGUUCACUCAGCGCCUAGCCAUGACGGUAUUCCGGCUUUCGUGGCAUACUCGGUCCCCGCAGACACUCCGGAGGAUGCCGCUCUGACGCCCUUGCGCCCGGCGUACGCCUACGUCUUUUAUGACACUUCUCCUGGCGCGCUUGAUCCGGGACGCACUGAGGACCUGGCCCGCGCCAUAUUUGACGGCACCAAAGAUAGCCGCAGCUCUGACGGGCUGCCAGACAGAGUUGAAGUCUUUGCUAUGCCCCUCCCAGCUCUGCCCGGAACAGGGAGCCCGUAUUCUGCCGAGGACGUGGGGCUUGACCUCGUUCUUUCACAAGAGAGCCCCUGGUAUGCCCGUCUCGCCGCACGCGCGUCGCGGGACCCUCAGGACGCACACUGUCUCCAGCACGCCGCAGCUUGCAUACUUCAUCACGAGAGGGAAGUCCAGAAUCGUCUGGCCAUCGCGGACAGGGCGGAGGCGUUUUCAUGGUACCUCCCAGAAGGAUUAAGUAACGCCUACUAUGCCCGUCGCAUUGUGGUUGUCGAUAGGCUUAAUGAUAAACCCAAGAACCUGCCCGGCCUUAUCCGUUGGCAGGAGGCGCUCGCCUGGACACAAAGUCUUCCAAGCGAAGCAAGAGACCCGGAUAUCAACAUGGUGGAGAGGGCUGAGAGCAGCCCGUACGGAAGAGGGUUGCUGGUCAAAUGGCGGUCUCGCGAUCAGCACGAUGAUGAUGAGGAGGACGAAGGAACACCGCCACUCAACUGGGACAAAGUCGCGUUUGAAAUGAUAGGAGAGUCGGCGUUGAGUUCCUGCCGAUAUGGGGUAGAUGUUCUCUACAGGCAUUUCAUCCCCGACGGCGUAUUCGAUUUUGAAAGAGAGAAGGCUCAUAGACCCUCUGCUCGCCUUUACCGUCGGUCAGAGUCGCCAGCCGAGGAUUUUGUAAUUCUGGAAGAGGCGGGCACGCUUCUUCGCACUUAA